UUAACCCAACAACAGGUGAUUUGACGUCUCCCUCAAUAAAUGGAACCUCAUCACCACAGGGGUUUGCUGGUACAACUGGGUUUCUGCCACCAAAAACAAGAGCUGCCACACCAGUUGAGCCAAAGAUCACCUUGGGAUUUAAACUACAGCAAAAUUUUACAGCAGAGCUUCGGAACAAAUCUUCACCAGAAUAUAAGGAAUUAGUUACCAAAGUAACCACAGCACUCAACAAUGUCUAUUCAGCAAAAUAUGGAUCCCUGUUUAAUCGAACUGUAGUCAAAAGUUUCAGUAAAGGUUCAGUUGUGGUAGAUGCUGAACUGAUAUUUAAUAAUGCAAGCUCAGUGCCUGAACCUAGUGCUGUGGCAAAAGUUCUGAUGGACACAGCAUCCAACAAUUCCAACUUCUCUCUCCCAGUGAACGUAUCAAGCAUUGUUGCAGAAAGCUUUAGUACUGCAGCUAUUGCAUCAACAACUCUUCCCGUUGCUGCCUCUAAUGCUACUACUGUUGCUGUGCCUACUGCUGUUCCCAAUGCUACAACUAUUUCAACUGCUACACCUGCUCCCAAUACAACAGCUGUUUCCACCAACGCUACAUCUACUUCAGCUGCUAUGCCUUCUCCCAAUACAACAGCUGCUUCCACCAAUGCCACAGCUACUUCAGUUGCUAGACCUGCUCCCAACGCAACAGCUGCUUCCACCAAUGCUACAGCUAUGUCAGCUGCUUCCACCAAUGAUACAUCUGUUUCAGCUGCUACACCUUCUCCCUCUACAACAGCUGCUUCCACUGUUGUUACAGCUACUUCAGCUGCUACGCCUUCUCCCAAUACAACAGCUGUUUCCACCAGUGCUACAUCUAUUUCAGCUGCUACACCUUCUCCCACUACAACAGCUGCUUCCACUGUUGUUACAGCUACUUCAGCUGCUACACCUGCUCCCAAUGCAACAGCUGCUUCCACCGAUGCUACAGCUACUUCAGUUGCUAGACCUUCUCCCAACACAACAGCUGCUUCCACCAAUGCUACAGCUACUUCAGCUUCUACACCUGCUCCCACUACAACAACUGCUUCCACUGUUGUUACAACUACUUCAGCUGCUACACCUUCUCCCAAUACAACAAAUGCUUCCACCAAUGCCACAGCUACUUCAUCUGCUUCACCUGCUCCCAAUGCAACAGCUGCUUCCACCAAUGCUACAGCUAUGUCAGCUGCUUCCACCAAUGCUACAUCUACUUCAGCUGCUACACCUUCUCCCAUUACAACAACUGCCUCCACUGUUGCUACAGCUACUUCAGCUGCUACACCUUCUCCCAUUACAACAACUGCCUCCACCAAUGCUACAGCUACUUCAACCGCUACACCUUCUCCCACUACAACAGCUGCUUCCACCAAUGCUACAUCUACUUCAGCUGCUACACCUUCUCCCACUACAACAGCUGCUUCCACUGUUGCUACAGCUACUUCAGCUACAGAAAUCACCAACACAGCAUCAACAAAUCCUCCUUCAUCCACUGAGGGAACACUGGGCCUUCAGUUUAGCCUCAACCAAACAUUCACAUCAGAUCUCUCCAGCUCAUCAUCUGCAGCAUACAAGGCUUUGGCUGAUACAGUAGUCUCAGAGGUCAACAAAGUUUGUAAGAAAGUAUUUUCAUCAACUUUCCGUCGCUCAAUUGUCGACAUGUUCAGGAGAGGAUCAGUGGUUGUUGACAUGACUCUUGUCUUCAAAGAUAAGUCCUCAGUGCCUGCAACAAGUAAUGCAACAGCACAACUCAGUCGUGAACUUACCAGCAACUCCACAUCUCUAAACAUCAUAUCAGGCAGUGUUACUGCAUAUACAGCAACAUCAAGUAGUCCUCCUCAUCCUACAUUUCUCUCACUGGCAGUCUCCUCACUUGCACUGCUGGCUGUGGCACAGAUGCUGACAAGCUUAUAGCAGGAUCCCAAGACUGCCACUGACUGCAUAAAUAGCUUCAAAAAUAUAUAUUAAAAAAUGCAAAUUACGUGUCAUAAGACUAGAAUAUGUGUAGUAUGUAUGACAUAUCUCCUAAAUAGUGCCAGUGUAAAAUGAUUUGCCUGUUUUCAUAUUGCAGUGACACAUAUAAUAUGGUUUUAUAUUAGUAUAUCGUUAUUAUAUCAUAUUAGUGACACAAGCAAAUUUUUCUUGUUCCAGAUCAUGUCUUGACUUUUAAUAUUUUAUUUUGGCUUGACAGUGAGAUUUUUUUGCAUUUGCUGCUGUGCCUUCCUGAAAAGCUAUAUUUCACACCAAAUUAUGUCAUAAAGUGGUUCAAAAUAGAGGGGAAUAGGUGGAUGAGUGAGGCAGGAUGUGAGGUUGAAAGUGUGUGGCAAUUUCAGUUCUUGGUUCAAAACUGAUUAUGGGAGGUUCACAUGUGAAGACCUGAAAUCUCAACACCUGAUGAAGUAACCUUUCAGCCACUUAUACUUUUUAUCAACCUACUCAUUCCUUACAUACACAUAACUGGAUAUCAACCCCCAUGUCACACAGUGCCAGAAGGACAGACUAGGUGCAUCUGGAUUUGCGACCCCUGAAUCGACCUUUAGACAUUUGAAUUUACCCCCAUCAAC